AUGGGCUGCGACAUGAACCCCCUCACCGAACCCACCAUCAGCAGCGACGAGAACAGCAUCGCGCACGCUCAAACGCCCGGCACGUCCGCCGCCGCACAGCCCAAUGGGAACAUGGAGAAUGGGCAUGAGUUGAAGGGUAGGUCAUUUGUUUUAUAAGUUUAAAGGUUUUAGAGCUUUAAAGAGGGGGGGGGGCGGUAGGGUAGGGUAGGGUAGGGCAGGGUAGGUUAGGGUAAGUUAGGGUAAGGUACUGUAGAGCAGCUAAAACCUAACUCCAAGCCAAUUAACCUUGUAAAACAUCAACUUAUUACCACAAUAGUUAAUAAAAUUGCACUUUAAGAGCGCAAAAAGUCGUCGCUUCGAACGACGGAAGAGGUCGAUCCGCUAGAUUCGCUGGAUUGCAACUACCCAUUGGAUAUCGAGAAGGCGCGAUGCACGUUGACUGGUCGAAAACCCUUCACCCGACCGCCAAUGGAUAAUCGUGCCAAUGCUCCACAACGCAAGAAUGGAUUGUUCUUGAGCGGAGCGAUCGCUGCGACUGGCGGCAAGGGGGGUAAGCUUGUUGCCUAUUUUUUAUUAUGACAUUUUUUAUAUUAUGAACUUUUUCAAAUUAGAAAAAAAAUAUUGUAAAAUACGUUUCGCCUUUGUUCUCGUUGAUUUAAAGGUGAAACAAGUGUUUUUUGAUAAUUUUAGUCAAUUUUGCCAUCUUGAAACAGAAUGCUAAUUUAUGCGGGAAAACAAAAAUUUGAAUUUUUUGUUAAAGUUUUUAUUUUACUGAGCCUUUACAUGCUUAAUAUUCAUAUUUUGACUAUUUUUAUCAUAUUAUGGGAUCUUGACACAGAAUGCCAAAUUUAGCGGGAAAAAUUGAAUUUGAAGUUUUGCACGUUAUUUGAUGGACAUUCUAUUUUUUGAAGUUUGUAACGAUGAAGAGAAUUCGUAUUUUGUAUUACUUUUUAAACUUUUCUUUAUUUUUAUAUGACGUGUUUUAUCUAAAACUUGAAUAACAUUCCUUUAGUUACCUAAAAUUGAUCAAAAACUCAACUUUUUUUGCAAAAAUCGCUAAAAAUAGGUAAAAACGUUUACAAAAGUGUAAUGUUAUGAAUGUUUGUUGGCUGCAUUGCUCUCCAGACAGCACAUGACUUUUAUUUUUACAAGCCCAUUUCUAUUACUGAUAAGAAAACAAAAAAAUGAAAAAAAAGGUUUUGAAUAAUAUUGCACUUUAUCACAGUAAACAAUGAAUACCGUAUGAAAUAUAGGGUUUAUUGGUACUUUAGGGCAUCGUAGGGUAAUGUAGGGUAGGACAGGGUAUGUUAAGACAAAGUAGGAUAGGUUAUGGUAUAAUAAUGAUUAUUUUAAGUAAAAUACGUAACAUCAACCAUCGGAUACAAUUUAAAAAAUUAAAUUUUUAAAUUUCAGUCUCAAUUCGCAGCCGAAUUAGAAGCUCUGAGGAAAGAGUCCGGAAGCUCGGCCAAUUCUGCGCCACCCUCAAGGAAAAUGUCGAUAUUUGGCAACCGAAAACCGUCAAUAGUACAAGAAGAACCGGUCUACAGUGUUGAUGAACCGACCAGAAAAACAUCGACUAGCUCAGAUUAUUAUGAAUACUUGGCUCCUGAAAGCGACGUGACUCCGUAAGUUUUUUGUGUACGGUAGUUUUUUGGUGCUGUGUUUUGAAAUGAAUUUUUGAGGGUAGGGAGCUAAUGGUAUUGGCUGUACGAUUGUAAAGAUAUAGGUGGUUUUGUUAAAAUUUGCAUAUUUUAUAAUGGUUUUUAUAUGAGCAAUAAUUCAAGCUGCGGGAGGUUUUGAAUAUGAGAAUAUUUUUUGUUACAGUAACUCUUUGAAGCUGUAUGUUAAAACGAGCUUAUGAAAACUUAAAAAUGAAGAUUUUCUUUACUAUGUAGUGAAUUUUGGAUAGAUGUAGGAAAAACAUACGUAUUUUACAAGAUUUUUCAAAUAGCUUUCCUAGAGGGUUACUAAGGCUGAACUUUUCGUUGCCAUUUCUUUUUAAAGCUAUGUAUAAAAUUGAAAUUUUGAGGGGUCUUAGGUAAGGAAAUUUGCCAUCCGAUUCCAAAUUUUUGCUUGUUUUUAUAAAAAUUUGCAUAACUUAUACAGUGGAACUUCUGUAUAACGAACUCCUCUGUCGAAAAUCUCGUAUAACGAACAACUUUUGAAUCCCCUUGCAUUUAAAACUCCAGUAUAACGAAACUCCUUUAUAACGAACGAACUUUUAGUUCCCGAGCGAUUCGUUAUACAGGAGUUCCACUGUAUGUUUAAAAAAAGUUUUCAUAAAGUGGUAGUAUGACUAAACUUUUUGUUGUCAUUCUUUGUUGACGUUUCAUGUAAAACUGAAAUUUUGUAGAGUGUUACAUAAGGGUAUCAACUAGCUAUUUUUAAAUUUUUUAGGAUUUUUGAUAAAAAUUUGCAUAUUUUACGGGUUUUUAAAUAAAAUGUUACUUCUAGUGGAUUCAAAGGUUUUUUGAUGAAUUUAUUUGAAAACGUAGUAAGCGUUAAUUUAAAAAAUUGUUUUUAUUCAAUUGUAGAAUGAAAACAUUUCGUAUUUUACAAAAACCCCGUUUCAGGCACAUCAAUUUCGGUAAGAACUUCCAAGCCCGAGUCAAGAAAUGGGCUUCUCGGGAAGUGACAGAGGCCGAAUUGGCUGCCAUUCCUGAUCGUGAUGAGAUGGUAUUUGAUUGUAAAGUCAUUGAACAUCUUCCUGACAAGGCUGGUAGGUUUUUUUUGACAUAUUUUCAAAAACUUUUGAAAACAACAUUUUUUUUGAAAUUUUUUGAAAUUUUUGGAAUUUUAGGUAAUAAUUUAAAUUUUUAAAUUUGGUUUAGUACUGGUAAAUGUUUUAAAAUGCAUUUUUUUAAUUUCUUGAUAAAAAUUUGGAAAAAAAAUUUUUUUUAAUUUUUGAAAUUUUUGUAAAAUUUUUCAAAAUUUUAGGUAUUAAUUUAAAAAACUAGCAUACUCUAAAAUUAAAAGGGAAAUUAAAGUGGUAUUUUAUGAUAUUUUUUUCAAAUUAAAAAAAAAUUAACCCACCCAAAAAAUAUUUUCAAAAAAUUACCCCGCCCAUUUCAGUAGCUGCGUACGAAGCCCUCGCCUGUAGUCACGCCAUUCCAAGGCCAGGCCGUAACAAAGAGUUGGCUUUGCACAUUUUAAUGGAAAACCAAGGUAAUAUCCAGUCGGCUGUCAUGGAUCUACUUCGCUCUGACACCUUGGACUGGGAGCAAUACCCAAUCAUCUACAACAACAGCUACACGGACACGGAUGGCUGGACUCCGGAAGACAUAUCCAUGUUCCAGGAUGCGAUCUACAAGUCCGAGAAGGAUUUCCAUCAAGUGGCUUCUGAGCUGGGGAAUCGCACCGUGAAGCAGUGUAUUGCCUUCUACUAUACCUGGAAGAAAGCGUGUCCUGAUGAUUACCGUAAGCUUAGGAAUCUAAGGCGGAAGCGAAUGUUGUUGGAACAGCAGCUGGAUGUAUCGUCCUUUGAUGCUCGUCAACGUACUCAAUCGGAGAAUCCGCACGAGACUUCUGAAGACGAGCUAUCCGAAGCCGAGUCUGAUAUGACAGGUAUUUCGGCGUUCUCAAGGCGAUCACCCCCCGAAAAAUACCCACGCCUGUCAAGUCCAGACCGAGAAAAGCCAGAAUUUGCAUUGGCUUCAACUUCCGACCUUGCCAUGCCAACCCUAACCAAGCCCGAAGUCAGUACCAACGGCUUCUCAUCAGCUCCACAGUCGGCCUACCCUUGGCUUCACGAUGAAAUGUUCCCAUCACCAGCCUCAUCCUCUUCCGUAGGCAAUGGCUACAGUCAACCACCCAGCGUGACCAACCUGGAUCUCUUCAACAACUCUUCGGAUUCGUUACCACCCAUGCCUCCGGCGUUACAUCACAAACCCCGCCCGAAUAACACGAAAAAAGGCGCCCAACCCUCGGCCGACGGCUUCUUCCACUGCCGUUUGUGUGACAAACGCUUCGAGAAGGUCAAGUCGCUGAAUGCCCACAUGAAGUCCCAUGCCAUGAAAGCGAGGGCCGAAGCCGAAGCUCAACAGCAAUUUCAGCAAAAGCAGAAUAGUCAGAACAUACUACAACAAGGUAAUAUAAACAAUGGUACACCCUUCAACUUGGCUUAUGAAGUGGCGAGGUUGCAGCAACAGAGGAUGCAACAACAACAAGAGGAAAUGAAUCGACCGAACGAGGCGAAUGGAAAUAGCCCCAUGGGUCUGAUAUCACCGCAACAACAGCAACAGCAGCAACUUUUGAGGUGAGUUUGGGUUAGGAUUGGUUAUUGCUUUAGAUCUAUUGUCCUAUGAUACCUAAACUACCCUACCUUGCCAUACUUUACCCUACCCUACCUUACCCUACCAUACCCUACUCUACUAUAUAUUUUUUACUCUAUAGCUCUGACCUGGACUUAUCUUUUUCAUACUGUAGCAUAUUGUAUCUAAAACCCCUUACCUUCAGGUUAAUGGCAGCCCAAAACGCAUUCAACGCUCCAGACCAAGUGAGUGCAGCCAUGACACAGCUAGGCUUAAAUAGUGCGGCAGCCGCAGCAGCCGCGGCUAUGGCCGUGACUCAAGCUCAAAACCCCUUGGGCAAUGUUCUGCUUCCUGGUACUCAAACCUCCAACGCCAGUACGAAUCCAUUGGAACAACUGCAUUUACAACAAAAUCUACAGCAUUCGGCGACGAUUAUGCCUUGA